UUCGCCCAACUACUUAUUUUAAUUUGUUUUAGCCAUACGAGCAGUGUCAUCAAUUACAUUUUGUAAGGCAGUUUGUAAUACUGACUUACUGCUGGGUUUUAUAUGUCAACAAAAUAUGUCAUUACUAAUUACAUUCUUUACAGCAAACAUUUGCCGUGAAUCACUAAUGCCAGUAAACGAGUAUUGCGAGGAAUGCGUUUAGAUUGUUGAUGCCUAUGCUCCGCGCUCCCUGAUUGUUUAGCGCUGCUUACAGUUACGCAGCGGCAGCUUUUUUGCUGCUCUCAUCGCUUAUAUAGGAAUUCGGACACCGGAAGUCACAGCACAGUGUUCAUACCAAAAAUGAAUACUUCCCUGCGGCUUUCGGGAUUUUUACGCGGGAGUGUCUUUCGGUAUCCGGAGUCACUGCUGAAAUCCCAAACUCGGCAAAUAAACCAACGGCCAAGGCAGCGACUGGAGCGCACCGGAUUGUUUCCUGGAUUUCCUCGAAUAUGGGCCUCAAGAUUUCAGCUCGUUGGAUUCAAAGAUAGCCCUGAUAUACUUCCCAGCUUAGAACAGCGAUUAGCAGCCGAGAAUCCUUACGACGAAGAAGUGGAGCGAUUGAUUAACAUUGGCAUGCCGCUGGACUACGGAAGCGAACGUCAGAAAAAAACUGAGAAAGACUAUCGUAUCAAGCUGCGCGAAGUGCGACGGAAUCCAGCGUUGGAAAAAGCUGCCCGUCAUCGUACUUUGAAAGCAGACCUGAGCAAGGUUUUGGAUGAAUGGGAAACAGAAGCCGGUCCCGAGCAGAUAUCAGGAGCCGCAAUGCACUAUGGAGUGUUUGAGGAUCUAUUUGGUGCGGCGUAUUUUAUUCCCUAUGUACCGAUUCGACCAGGCUUCCACACGGAUGAUUACUAUACUCCGGUGCACCGCGGGAACCACAUUUUACCCGCUGAUGCCAUGAAAGUUCCCGAUUUCGUUUAUGCCGCGCCAGAUGAUACGUUGUGGACACUUACGAUGGUCAAUCUGGAUGGGAAUCUGCAGGAUUCCGAAGCGGAAUAUUUGCACUGGAUGGUAAGCAAUAUACCUGGAGGAGACGUUGCCAAAGGCGAAACAAUCGUGGAUUACCUCCAGCCUAUACCUGUACGAGGCACCGGCUUUCAUCGUUACGCCUUUUUGCUGUUCCAGCAAAAGGACCGGAUGGAUUUUAGGGCACUGAAAACUUCAGAACUCAGGCCCACUUUAUCUGCGCGAAUCUUUCGUAUGAAAGAAUUUUAUCGUGCUCGCCAAGAUGAUUUGAUGCCUGCCGGUUUGGCUUUUUUUCUAUCAGAAUGGGAUGAGAGUGUGACGGACUGUUUUCACAGUAUUUUGGAUAUCGCGGAACCUGCCUUCGAAUACGAGCCUCCCCCACCGGAUCUUGAACCUCAGGCAAAAUAUCCUCCUGACGACAUACCUUUUAACGUCUACCUUGACCGAUAUCGGGACAAAAAGGAGAUUGCGGAAGAGGUGGUAAAGAAGCGGUUAUCUCGAAUUUCUCCAUUUGGACCGGAGCCGGCACGCCUGAAAUGGCCGUUGGCGCAAAAGUUUUUAUACUCAAAUCUUAGUGGCAUACCCUCAUGGAAAAGGUUGGAAAUGAGAAAGGAGUUGCUUGGUGUGGGACGAUACAAGUUGCUAUAUGAUCCUCUUGCUAAAUGGGGCUAAGCCGUUCUCAUGAAAUUGCUUAGGUCUUGAAUUUUCUUUGACUGUUACGAGUUUUGUAAUUGUGUUGUUUGAAGAAGCAGCCGAUAUGCUGAAUUGUACCCUAUACGAAAUUCAUUAAAUGUGCAGAUGUAAAGCUUCAGAUACUUUCCGAAUACC